AUGCAGAGUUCUCCCAACGGUCCGGACGUCCGCGUGGAUAACGGAUUACCUUCUGUAUCUGGCAGCUCGUCACGAGAACCAUGCGGCGAAAUGCCCGCAACACAAGUGAGCUGGGUACUAGUACCGGUACCUACGGUACUGUUGUUGUUCUGGCAUGAAAAGUGGGUCGGUCCAAGCGACCCACUAAGUACCGGUAUAAACGACGGGCAUGGCAUCGUCAUUCGUCCGAGUGCCACACCAGACCUUGCCCCCACUACGAUCCUCCUCAUGGAGUCCUUCGAGGAUAUGCAAAGUCGGCACCGCAGAGAACAGAAGGAUCUGCAAUCCCGAGUCACACAAAAGAAGAAGAACGCCACGAAAAAGACGCGCAAGGGAGUGAACAGCGAAUGCGAGGAGCUAGAACGGCAACUGAAGGACAAGCAAAGCCAGGAACUUGCAGCUUUAAGUGGAGAGUCCGCAGACAUCGAAGGCGUGCCCGACCUGGAGGAAGACACUGUGGAGGAUAUUGUUUCGAAAGAUGUAAAUGGCAUCACGGAGUCUCUGGAUAAGGCCACGAUUUCGGAACAAGAGCCCUCGGAGGACGGCCAGCCUAAGAAGCGCAAUCGCCAAAGAGAGCGGCUAGCUCGGCGGGCGGCUGAACAGCAAGCUGCGAUUGAGGAAGCGAAGCGAGAAGCUGCAAAUCAGCCAGACGAAAAGGCCGUCGAGAGGAAGAAGAUGCAGGAUCAAUUUACCGCAAAGGGGCUGGUGGAGAAGAGUAUCCGGCCCGACGGGCAUUGUCUCUUUUCUGCUGUCGCAGAUCAGCUAUCACAAGUUGGGAUUCCGCUGGGAUCGGAGAGUGAGGGGGUAAAGGAAGGGGAGCGAUAUAAGGUCGUGCGGAACGCUGCGGCGGAAUAUAUUGAAGGACACCCAGACGAUUUCACGGCAUGGUUAGAUGAGCCAUUGGAUAGGUACGUGGAAAAAAUCAGGGAUACGGCGGAGUGGGGUGGGCAUCUGGAGUUGAUGGCGCUGGCGAAGACGUACAAUGUGGAAAUAUGCGUGCUUCAGAACGGGGCGCAACAAAAUAUCGAGCCGGGUACAGAAGGGGGAAAGGGAGCAGAGAAGAUUUGGCUGGCAUACUAUCGGCAUGGGUUUGGCUUAGGAGAGCACUACAAUUCUCUCCGAAAGCAGCCGUGA